AUGAUCCGGCUCGUGUGUUGCCUCGGUGUGGUAUUAGGAGCGUGGGCUCUAGAAAAUGAGAAACCUUAUUAUAACUUGGAGAACGCUGGAGAACUCUUUGAAAAUUUUCGAAUUAAAUAUAAUAGGAUCUACGACGAUGAGAUGGACAGAGAGAUCCAUUUUCAAGCGUUUGUGAAUACCCUGAAGAGAAUAAAUGAACAAAACGUAAGCGCUAGUUCAACUGUGUACGAUAUAAAUAAGUUUGCGGAUUACACGUCCGAGGAAUUGGAAGAUUUGACGGGUUUCCUCAUCAAGAAGAGUAACGCCACUAAAUCUUGGGAACUCGUUAAUCGAAGUUGUCCAAGUCCUUUAGUACUUCGCGGCGUCAGACGCCAACUGCCUUUGGCAGAACCCCGCUCCGGCGAGGCCGACUUAAAUGAUAAAACUCAGAUUCCUUAUAGGAAUCAGAUUAUAGUACUCCAAACUAAAUUAAAAAGCGUCCUCAGAUAUGCCACCCCGGUGCUUCGUAAGGACAAUCUGUUGAUCACUAAUUUGAGCAGUGCAGUAGAAUUAUGUGAGCUGGAACAGGACGCCCGGCGACCGCACUGGUGUGGUGCACAUAAAUUGGAUGGAUUCUUGUUAGCCGGUAAUUUACGGACUAACUUGUCCCCUACAAAACAAUCGAGACCUGUAGUUAGCUACCCUGAAGGGGAUAAAUGCCCUGGCCUAGAGAUGGCACAUGAGAUCAUAGAUAAAGAAUGCCACUAG